AUGGUGUUCAUACCAGUUGAAAUAAUUUUUAAAUCUUUCCCAAAUUUUUCAAAAGAUAGAGUAAAAUUUCUAAGGCGUUAUAGCUUUUUGAGUUUGUUUUUAGGAGCCGCUUUUACAUAUAAAGCACACACACCAGAUUUCAGUGUUAGAAGUCAUAAGCCUUCAUAUUUUUACAAACAGCAUUUAAAUAAAUUAAAGACAAAAGGAAUAAUUGACGAAACAAAAUAUGAAAAACUGUUGAACAACCAUUAA